AUGGGUGAAACGCCGUACUCGAUCGGUAAAAAGAUCAAGUUUGAUAAGCAAUGGGAAACCAAAAAGAUGGGCUGCUGGAUGAAGGAGACAGCGAAACAGAUGAUCGAGCGGGCGAACAAAGAGUUACAAGACGAGCAAAUGUAUACGAAGAAACAGUACCCGGCACUCGAGGAGACACUUGCCGUCACCAUUCAUGGGUUGAAUGUGAGUUUCAAAGAGUGUACUUACGUUGGCGACGAAAGA